UGUAUAUUUGUAUUAAUGGCUGCAUUUUUCUUCCUUUCAGCUGUUCCCGAAACAACUUCUGUAACAGAGGAAAAACGUUUGACGAUCUAUACAGAUGAACCUAUCAUAGAGGAUGUAGCUGAAAAAGCUUGUCCAGAGAUAACUACAACCUACAUUAUCACUGUGUCAGGGAUGCUUAUUGUUUCCCUUGGAAUCAACUAUAUCUGCUUUAAAUGUGGUCAGAAAAGUGGUGCUCAAAAUGAGCGAAAACGCUUAAAAAUGGAAUUUUCUGAAGACACACAAGCGUUGCAUGUCCAACAUUACCAUAAUGAGGAUGAAAACAUAGGGCUAGAGACGAUAAGUGAACACCCAGGACCCUCUGCAGGCCAGAUAUCUACAAAUCCAUCGCAUGAAUAUGCUGCAUAUGAUGAAAUCAAAGAGCAGCAACAACGCAUGCAAGACUCUCAGAGGAAGAAAGAGGGAGGCUAUUUGACACCAGUUUUUCAAGACCCGAGUCGAUCACUACCUCCUGCAAGAUCAGGUGGAAAUGGCUACGUAUCCCCAGUCACAGCAGCUAAACAGGCCCAGAAACAACGAAAUAAAAAUGACUCCCCAUCACCACCUGGAAAUGGCGGGUAUCUUUCACCCUUACAAGAGGUAAAGGAUGCGGCUGCAAGGUUGUUGUCAGGCAGUAGCGAUUCCAGCUCAGACAAGUCAGAUAAAUCAGACAAAUCUAGGAAAUACCAGAAUGAACCACCUCGCAAAUCUCCACCCAAAACAGCUCCACUUUACGAGGCGAUCAAAGAUGCUAGUAUCACCCAAGAACACCCUUAUAUUGAACUACAGACUAGUAUGUCUUAGACUUUCUUUCUUUCUUUCUUUUUUUUCUUUUUUUUACUUUUUAUCAUUUAUUUUAUCUCAUUUGUCGAUUUUUUUUGUAAAGAAGAACAGUAUUAAU